AUGCAGUUCUCAGGGCCCACCCUCGUCGCUGUCGCCACAGGCAUCGUGGGAUCCGCCUGGGCAUCAGGCGUCAUCACGAGUCUCACACUCAUUUCAAUCCCAUCUGCAAAAGCAGUGCCUGAAAAGGCCGUGGCUUUCUGGGCCGACUUGUUCGCCCGUGGUGCCGCUCUCAUGCCAAAGGCUGGAGCCACCGUUGCCUUGGCCUAUGCGUACGUCGCCUACGAUGUACGUUGCGCGGGCGGGCAGUGGCAGCUGUUCGCAGCUGCGGCCGCGAGUGUCAUGGGCAUCGUGCCAUUUACCUUGCUCGUCAUGGCCGACACCAACGACAAGCUGCACAAGUUACACAAGGAUGGAACUUCGGGAUCAGAACACCACGCGAAGGAGUUGCUUGACCGAUGGGGCACCAUGAACUUUGUGCGCGGUCUCAUGCCCCUUGCUGGUUCUAUUCUGGGUUUCAAGGCGUAUCUUGACAACUCGCAUUGGUAG